AUGGUUCGUCAAGAAGUGCUGUUGCUCGACAUCGCCGCGGACCCGUCCCUCAUUCAACAGUAUAUCGACUACCAUGCACCAGGCAACGUCCCCCGCGCCAUCCUCGAUUCAAUCCGAUACCCCGGCUCAGGGGUGCUGAAUAUGCGCAUCUUCCACUUUGCAGACCGUCUGGUCAUGAUCAUGGACGUUGAGGACGGGUUUUCAUUCGAAAAGAAGGCGGCUAGCGAUGCGGGCAACGCCGAGGUGGACAAGUGGGAGACGUUGAUGGCCAAGUUUCAGCGAGAGGUGAAGGAUCCGAGCGGUGUACAGACGGGCAAGUGGAAGAGGGCGAAAAUGUGUUUUGAUCUCAACGACCACUUUUAG